AUGCGUAUACUGAUGAAAAUUCUAGAAGCAAUCUCUCCCUCCUCUUUCUCUCUCCCCGUCUGUGGCUUAUAAUCUUUUCCCUUCGGCUUCCCACCCUCAAUUAUUUCUUGGGUUUUCAUUCUCUUGCAGUUUCAUUUGCCAUUUCUUCAUCUCCGAGUUCCGCUGCUUCAAUUCGACCCUAGGUUUCGUCUUUGAGGACUUUCACCUCAAGUUAACUAUGGCAUCGAAACGCAUCUUGAAGGAGCUCAAGGAUUUGCAGAAGGACCCUCCUACUUCAUGCAGUGCGGGUCCCGUGGCUGAGGACAUGUUUCAUUGGCAAGCAACAAUUAUGGGACCUUCAGAUAGUCCAUAUGCCGGUGGUGUCUUCCUUGUCUCAAUUCAUUUUCCUCCUGACUAUCCUUUCAAGCCACCGAAGGUUGCAUUUAGGACUAAGGUGUUUCACCCAAACAUCAAUAGCAAUGGAAGUAUAUGUCUUGACAUUCUUAAAGAACAGUGGAGCCCAGCACUUACAAUUUCCAAGGUCCUUUUGUCAAUAUGCUCAUUGUUGACGGACCCCAACCCUGAUGACCCCCUUGUCCCCGAAAUUGCUCACAUGUACAAGACCGACAGAGCCAAGUAUGAAGCUACUGCUCGCAGCUGGACACAGAAGUAUGCCAUGGGAUGAACGGUCCUUCCUUCUCUCAACUGUUUGAAUAAAAGUGGAAAAAAAAAAUUAUAUUUGCUUCUUAUGUAACAGAAUUAAAGAUGUCUUGAAUGGAUGCUUUCUGUUUUUGUCCGUGGAACUUAAAAUUGGUAAUUGUUAAGGGUCCGCUGUUGUGAAUAUUCCUUUUGUAUGACGUUGGUGAUGUGAAGGUUAUUGUUCCGUAAA